UAAGCAACCGACGGAAGGCGAACAGGCAUCAGAAGUUGUUUCACACUUCAAGCGAAAACAUUUCUUUCACAAAGAAAUAGUCAUCAUGAAGCUGUUAGUUUUUGUGUUGGCCUUAUCGUGCGCUGUUCUCUACACGAGCGCUGACUCGUCAUCGCCGCCUCAAUCAACCGGUCCGGUUAUUCCACCAAAUGAACCGCGUUUUCGUCGCGAAGCCAACCCACAAAAGAGAGGUUCGGUAACAUUUCAAGGGACGCAGCCUCUAAGUGGACCGCAGCGUCAACCAACUUGGAAUCUCAAUGCCAAUGCUAAUGUCUUUAACAACGGCCGUACAAAGGCGGACGUUUAUGGAGGAGUGGAUAAGGCACCUGGACAACGAGCGCAGCCGCACUUCGGCAUCCAGGCCGAGAGGAACUUUGGCAAGAACGGUUUCAUCAGAGGUCAAACCGAAUUUCAACAAGGUCCGCGAGGUCAUGGGCUCUCUCCCUCAGUUGGUAUACAAGGUGGCUUCCGAUUCAGAAGAGCGGCCGAACCUCAAACUUCGUUAAGUCUCGAAGUAAAACAACCCCUGAGCGAUCCAGUUCACCAGCCUAGCUGGAGUCUCAAUGCUCAUCGUAAUAUCGUGAACAAUGCCGAGACAAAGGCAAACGUUUACGGGGGAGUGGGUAAAGUACCUGGGCAACCAGCGCAACCGCACAUUGGCUUCCAGGCUGAGAGGAACUAUGGCAGAGACAGUUUUCUCAGAGGUCACGGUCAGCUUCAGCAGGGCCGAGGAGGCGGUGUCUCACCUUCCUUUGGUGUUAAUGGUGUCUUCCGAUUCAGGAGAGAAGCCGAACCCCAAGGAACUUCGUUAAGUUUCCAAGGAUCGCAACCUCUGAGCGGCCCAAUGCGCCAACCAACCUGGGAUCUCAACGUUAAUCGUAACAUCUUGAACAAUGGUCGCACGACCGCGGACGUCUACGGGGGAGUGAGUAAAGUACCUGGACAAUCGGCCCAACCGCACUUCGGCAUCCAGGCUGAGAGGAAUUUCGGCAAUAAUGGUUUUAUCAGAGGUCAGACCCAGUUCCAACGAGGCCCAGGAGGACAUGGACUGUCUCCAUCGGUUGGUAUAACUGGUGGUUUCCGAUUCAGGAGAGAGGCCGAAGCCCAAGGAGGCUCACUAACUUUUCAAGGAUCGCAACCUCUGAGCGGCCCAAUGCGCCAACCUACCUGGGAUCUCAACGUUAAUCGUAACAUCUUGAACAAUGGUCACACGACCGCGGGCAUCUAUGGGGGAGUGGGUAAAGUACCUGGGCAACCAGUGCAGCCGCACUUCGGCAUCCAGGCUGAGAGAAACUUCGGCAAUAAUGGUUUUAUCAGAGGUCACACACAGUUCCAACCAGGCCCAGGAGGACAUGGACUGUCUCCAUCAGUUGGUAUAACUGGUGGUUUCCGAUUCAGGAGAGAGGCCGAAGCCCAAGGAGGCUCACUAACUUUUCAAGGAUCGCAACCUCUGAGCGGCCCAAUGCGCCAACCUACCUGGGAUCUCAACGUAAAUCGUAACAUUUUGAACAAUGGUCGCACGACCGCGGACAUCUACGGGGGAGUGAGUAAAGUACCUGGACAAUCAGCCCAACCGCACUUCGGCAUCCAGGCUGAGAGGAACUUCGGCAAUAAUGGAUUUAUCAGAGGUCAAACGCAAUUCCAACGAGGCCCAGGAGGACAUGGACUGUCUCCAUCGGUUGGUAUAACUGGUGGCUUCCGAUUCAGGAGAGAGGCCGAAGCCCAAGGAGGCUCACUAACUUUUCAAGGAUCGCAACCUCUGAGCGGCCCAAUGCGCCAGCCUACCUGGGAUCUGAAUGCCCAUCGUAACAUCUUGAACAACGGUCACACAAACGCGAAUGUCUACGGGGGAUUGGGUAAAGUACCUGGACAACCAGUGCAGCCGCACGUCGGCAUCCAGGCUGAGAGGAACUUCGGCAAUAAUGGUUUCAUCAGAGGUCAUGGUCAGCUUCAGCCGGGUCAAGGUGGUCGCGGUGUCUCUCCGUCUUUUGGCAUUAAUGGCGGUUUUCGAUUCAGAAGAGAUACCGAAGAUGCUGAUAAAGUAGAGUCCACCGAAGAAUAAAAAAAUUUUGAGACUAAUACUUAAACGGCCUGUAUGUAUACAGAAACUUAUGAAGAACUGCCGUGUAAGUUAAUCCUCUUCAAACUGUAAAUUUAUAUUUAUUUAUACUACACAUGUAUUAUUCUGUAUAUUAUUUAAAGAUUAGUGCAUUUU